AUGUGUUUCAUUGACUUGAGUUCCAACUCACUUCAAGGAGAGCUCACUUAUUCAAUUUGCAAUGCUAGCUCACUUGAAGUUCUCAACUUGUCCCACAACAAUUUCAGUGGCAACAUUCCGCAUUGUAUUGGAAGCUCUAGCCUUGCUUCUCUUCAUGUGUUGGAUUUCCAAAACAAUAGCUUUCAUGGCACCAUACCAGAAACAUUUGAGGAGGGAAGCAAGCUAAGGACCCUAAAUCUUAAUGGUAAUCUUCUACAUGGUUUGUUGCCUCAAUCUUUGGUCUAUUGUGCAGACUUAAAAUUUUUAGAUCUUGGUAAAAAUGGUAUUCAUGAUACAUUUCCCUAUUGGGUUCAAGACCUUAAGGAAUUGCAAGUGCUCGUUCUUAGGGAGAAUAACUUACAUGGUUCUAUCCCUCAUGUAAACAACAAAGCCAACUAUACCUUCACUAACUUGAGAGUUUUUGAUAUAUCCAACAACUACUUUCAUGGUUCUUUGCCUACAACUUAUUUCAAAUAUUUUGAUGCUAUGAAAAAUCUCAAGGGAGAAACUAGUUUAGAAUAUAUGGGUUAUCAAUCUCCAGUUUUUGGCACAUAUCAAGACUCCGUUGACUUAACCUUUAAAGGAUUAUGGGACUUUCAUAUAGAAAAGAUCUUGAUUAUUUUCACAUGCAUUGAUCUAUCAAAUAACAUGUUUGAGGGAGAGAUUCCCAUAUCUAUUGGAGGGUUUAGUGCAUUGACGGGGCUCAAUUUUUCACAUAAUAGGCUUAUUGGUGCAAUUCCAAACUCAAUGGGAAAUUUGAAAAAUUUGGAAUGGUUGGACUUGUCAUCAAACAAUCUUAUUGGAAAAAUCCCAAUAGAGUUGACUCAUCUCAACUUCUUAUCUAUUUUAAACCUUUCACAUAACCGACUUGAAGGCUGCAUUCCUAGGGGCCAACAGUUUGAGACUUUCACAAAUGAUUCUUUCAAAGGAAACAAAAAAUUGCGUGGCUUUCAACUAAUGAUUUCAUGCAUCCCUAAUGUUAAAAGACAACCAUCACUACAAAAUUCAAGUUUUGAAGUUAGAUUUGAAUUUGGAUGGAAACCUGUCAUACUAGGGUAUGUAUGUGGGGCUUUAUUCGGAUCAACAAUGUUCUGGGUUGUAGUAUUUAGUGGUAAACCUCGAAGGCUUGCAAGUUUGGUGGAUGAUCUGCCAAAGAUAGGAAGGAGAAGGGUAAGAAAUCAUUAUUGA